AUGGAAAAACAACUCGACCGGCGUCAAGAGAUCAACACAGCUACGAAAAGAGCAAUUCUCCAAGAUCUGCAGCAAAUGCUUCAUGAACAUCAUGCAUUGGUCAGGCUGUUCAAGACUGCUUUAGAGCGCAUGCCAAGUGAUGACUUUAAGGUUGUGAUCAGAGCAGAUAAAAGACCAGCUGGAACACAUGAACGCAAAUUUAAUACUCCAACAAUCGAUGAAGUGGCAAUCCUGAUUGUUGGUGAAAACUUGGAAACACGUGAUAUUGUACUUACACGAGGCAAUACUGGGCAACUACAAAAAGUACUAUAUGAAACACACCGUUCAUAUGACGCGUUACAAUACCCGCUGAUGUUUUGGCAAGGAGACGAUGGAUAUCACUUUAAUAUCAAAAUGAUUAAUCCAUUGAAUGGUGAGGAAACUACCAAGAAGGUUAGGUCGAUGAAUUAUUACGCAUAUCGUUUGAUGAUUCGUGAAAACUGGGACAAUUAUUUGUUGGGAUUUCGUCGACAGCUUCAACAAUAUUGCGUUGACAUGUACGUUAAAAUCGAAACGGAGCGCCUGAAUUUCAUUCGGCUGAAUCAAGCUAAAUUGCGUUCGGAAGAGUAUAUGCAUUUACGCGAUGCAAUUUGCACAGAAGGAGAUUCAAAAAAUAUUGGUCGAUUGACAAUUUUACCGGCGACAUACACAGGUAGCCCGCGUCAUUUGCAUGAAUAUGCGCAAGAUGCAAUGACAUAUGUUCGUCAUUAUGGUCGGCCAGAGCUAUUCAUUACAUUUACAUGUAAUCCAAAAUGGACGGAAAUUAUUCAAUUGCUGCUUCCCGGACAAACAUCAAGUGAUCGACACGACAUCACCGCACGUGUUUUCAGGCAAAAAAUUCGGUCACUAAUGAAUUACAUUGUUAAGCAACACGUCUUUGGGAUUACUCGAUGCUGGAUGUACUCAGUUGAAUGGCAAAAACGAGGCCUACCGCAUGCUCACAUUCUAAUUUGGUUAGUUGAAAGAAUUCGGCCAGAUCAAAUAGAUGGCAUCAUAUGUGCGGAGAUUUCUGCUCCUGAAACCGUUCCAGACCUACAUGUUGUUGUAAUCACGAAUAUGAUUUAUGGACCGUGUGGCACUAUCAACCGCCAAUCACCGUGCAUGGUCGACGGCAAGUGUUCCAAACGGUAUCCACGAAAAUUUACGGCAGAGACCAUUACAGGCAACGAUGGUUAUCCAUUGUAUCGGCGUAGAUCGCCCGAUGAUAAUGGUAGAACUAUCACAACUAAAGUGAAAGGAAACGGUUUCGUAGUUGACAACAGUUGGAUUGUUCCAUAUUCGCCACUUCUUUCCAAAACAUUCAAGGCACAUUGUAAUGUUUAG